UUAAUUUGAGAAGAGAUUGUUAAAUAAAAUCCCAAAACAUAUAAAAACCCAGAAACACUAUACUCCACAUAAAAAUGGCGACAUGUUUGAGCAACACCACACCAAAGCUCACCAUCACCUUCUCUUCAUCAUCUUCCUCUAAAACCCUCCAAUCUCUCUGCAAACGCUUUUCUCGCCCUAAUUUCCUUUCUCUCUCCUCUCAUUCUCUCUCCUCAUCUUCUCGCCUUUCUCCCAAAACCCUACACUUUCUCUCUCCUCAACGCCACCUUCUUCUCCGCCGCAAUUUCUCCGUUCGAGCUGAAUCAUCGUCAACUUCGUCGUCUUCCGAUAAUGGCGCGCACUACGAUUUUGACCUCUUUACUAUUGGUGCCGGUAGCGGCGGCGUAAGAGCUUCGCGUUUUGCUGCGCAAUUCGGCGCUUCGGUUGCUGUUUGUGAGCUUCCUUUUAGUACUAUUUCGUCUGAGACUACUGGUGGUGUUGGUGGAACCUGUGUACUUCGAGGAUGUGUGCCAAAGAAGCUCCUUGUUUAUUCUUCUAAAUAUUCUCAUGAAUUUGAGGAGAGUCAUGGAUUCGGAUGGAGUUAUGAUGCUGAACCCAAGCAUGAUUGGGGCACCUUGAUUGCUAAUAAGAAUGCUGAACUUCAACGCCUCACAGGCAUCUACAAGAAUAUCCUGAAUAAUUCAGGUGUCACGCUAGUUGAAGGUCGUGGAAAGAUUGUGGAUCCUCACACCGUUGACGUGGAUGGGAAACGUUAUUCAGCGAGACACAUUUUGAUUUCUGUUGGGGGCCGCCCUUUUAUUCCUGAUAUUCCCGGCAGUGAGUAUGCUAUUGAUUCUGAUGCUGCUCUUGAUCUCCCGGAAAAGCCCAAGAAAAUUGCAAUUAUCGGGGGUGGAUACAUUAGUUUGGAAUUCGCUGGCAUCUUUAAUGGUUUGGGAAGUGAUGUUCAUGUUUUCAUUCGUCAAAAGAAGAUUCUGAGAGGCUUUGAUGAGGAGAUCAGAGAUUUUCUUGCUGACCAGAUGGCCUUGAGAGAAAUUGAGUUCCACACAGAAGAGUCUCCCCAAGCUAUCACAAAGUCUGCAGAUGGAACUUUGUCAUUAAAAACCAACAAGGAAACUGUUGAUGGUUUCUCUCACGUCAUGUUUGCGACAGGGAGAAGACCAAAUACGAAGAACUUGGGGCUGGAAGCUUUGGGGGUAAAGAUGGAUAAGAAUGGCGCCAUAGAGGUCAAUGAGUAUUCUCAGUCAUCAGUUCCUUCUAUAUGGGCAGUGGGUGAUGUCACUGAUAGAGUGAAUUUGACCCCUGUUGCUUUGAUGGAGGGAGGAGCAUUAGCAAAGACUCUGUUUGCUAAUGAGCCAACAAAACCUGAUUACCGAGCUAUACCGUCUGCUGUGUUUUCUCAACCACCCCUUGGCCAAGUUGGCUUAACAGAGGAGCAAGCCAUAGAAACAUACGGUGACGUGGAUGUUUACUCUGCAAAUUUUAGGCCUUUAAAGGCCACAUUAUCUGGUCUUCCAGAUCGCGUUUACAUGAAACUUAUAGUCUGCGCAAAGACUGACAAAGUCGUUGGGUUGCACAUGUGUGGAGAUGAUGCACCAGAGAUAGUUCAGGGGUUUGCAGUUGCAGUGAAAGCUGGCUUGACAAAAGCAGACUUUGAUGCAACAAUUGGAAUUCAUCCCACAGCAGCAGAAGAGUUUGUCACAAUGAGGACUCCUACGCGCCAAAUUCGCAGUGAACUGCCAAAGGGUAAAAAGGAUUCCGAGUCUAAAGCUGCUGCAGGAGUUUAGGCUUGUGCACAGGCUGCAUUGGGAAUCAGAACUAAAACACUUACCAAAGUACAACAUUCACAAACAUCCAUGUAUUUUUUCAAGCUGAUUUCUUAUACCCAUGUUGCUUUGUGAAGAAUGAAAAUAUAGAAGUUAAGCAUUCUAGUCUAAUUCUAUAGCAAUCUGAUACCUCUUCCUAUCUAGUUUCUUCAGUUAAUGCCUCCAAUUUUCCAAAUCAGAAACAUUUUUUUGCUUCCUUAAAAAUAACAUUUUUCUUCCAGAGGUUUUGUUUAAUGAACAAUCAAUUAUUUGGAUUGAUUAAUUUAUACAGCUGAGUGAAACAAGUUUUGUAACCUUAGCUAAUGAUCUGCAUGUAAAUUUACCAAAAUUUAUGCAUAGCAUGCUUUGUGAGAAGCUAUACAUGCUAGUUGUUUUUGUUGUAAAGAACAAUGCUGUUUCUUUUGAAACAUCUUGUUGGACACUACGACCCCAUUGGCAAUGUGAACUUUAACGCAGUUGAAACUUGAAGAA